AUGCUGCACCCCAACAAUAUACAGUUCCAUCCUUCUUCCUUCCUUCUGAUAGGGAUUCCCGGGCUGGAAGAUGUGAAGAUCUGGAUUGGCUCCCCCUUCUUUGCAGUGUAUCUAAUAACCCUCGUGGGAAAUGUCACCAUCCUGUUUGUGAUCCAGACUGAAAGCAGCCUCCACCAGCCUAUGUUUUACUUCCUGGCCAUGUUGGCCUGCACUGACCUUGGCCUGCCUACAGCCACCAUCCCCAAGAUGCUGGGCGUUUUCUGGUUCAAUCUCAGGGAGAUUGUGUUUGGUGCUUGCAUCACACAGAUGUACACAAUCCAUAUAUGCACUGGCCUGGAGUCUGCGGUGCUGAGAGUCGUGGCCAUAGACCGAUACAUUGCCAUCUGCCACCUCCUGAGAUACAGCAUGAUCCUCACCAAUAAGGUGAUAGCCGUCCUGGGCAUAGUCAUCAUAGUCUGGACUUUGGUGUUUGUGACUCCAUUUAGAGUCCUUAUCCUGAGCCUUCCUUUCUGUGAUGUCCAGAUCAUCCCCUACACCUGUGGUGAACCCAUGGGUUUGGCAAAGUUGGCUUGUGCCAGUAUUAAGGUCAGUGUUAUCUAUGGCUUGAUUGCUUUUUCCAUGGGAUAUAUUGACCUUUCUGUGAUUGGAUUUUCCUAUGUCCAAAUCCUCAGAGCAGUCUUCUACCUCCCAUCCUGGGAUGCCCACCUCAAGGCACUCAGGACAUUUGGCUCCCAUGUCUGCUUAAUGUUGGCCUUCUACCUGCCAGCACUCUUCUCCUUCAUGUCACACUGCUUUGGCCACAACAUCCCUCAUUAUAUCCACAUACUUCUGGCCAAUCUGUAUGUGGUUUUUCCCCCUGCCCUUAACCCUGUAAUCUCUGGGGUCAGGACAAAGCAGAUAAGAGAGCGGGCACUUAGGAUGCUUAACCCUAAAAGCUAUUGA